UGUGCCAAGCCACAAGAAUGAAAGCCCAGGACUUCCCCUUGGGCACCAGCUUCCAUUUCAAUUUGGGGCAAGAGUAAAAUCUGCUGAAGGGUAGGAGUUUGAGAACUUCCUGCUGGUUCAGAUUUCAAACCGAGCCUGUGUUUACUUGUCACCCUAGCACCAGAGCUCAGAGCAAUCACGGGUGAGUUCAGGAGACCCGGGGACAGAGCACUUUCCUGAGCACUGGACCAGUGACCUCCUGUCUUCUAAAUCACUGUGAGUCAUCUAUAGCUUAGGAGCAACGAGUGAGUUUAUGCUGAAGACCAGGACAUGACACCAUGUCAGGUGAGAACAGGCAGCCAGCAUGGAACCCAAACCUCAGAAGAGUCCAGGCAAACAAUUUACAUUUUAUUAUGAAAAUGAAGUCUGCAAACAAGAUUACUUUAUUAAAUCACCACCUCCUCAGCUUUUCUUCUCUGUGAACUCAUGGAAAAAACGGUUUUUCGUCCUGUCAAAGAAUGGGGAAGAGGGCUUUAGUCUUUCCUACUACAAAGACCAUCAUCAACGAGGUUCCAUUGAAAUUGAUCGAAAUUCCAGUGUAGAAGUCGGCAUAAGUAGCCAGGAGAAGUUGCAAUCUGUACAGAAGAUGUUUAAAUGCCACCCUGAUGAGGUGAUGUCCAUCAGAACCACUAACAGAGAAUACUUCCUCAUUGGCCAUGACAGGGAGAAGAUUAAAGACUGGGUCUCCUUCAUGUCAUCAUUUUGCCAGGAUAUAAAAGCAGCACAUCAGAAUACAGAGCAGGAGAAACUCUCAUUGGAUGAUAAAAGGGCCUCUUCAGACCCUCUCCUUGGUCCUUCCAGCCCAUCAGAGGACUCCAGCUUGCCAAGAAACAGUCUCCCAGACGUGCAUGGUAUGGAAGAAAGUUCUCCAGGAUUCAGGCCAGCUCAUCCACCACAUGAUUUCUUGCCAGGGACCACUGAGGAUACAGCAGAAGAGAGUCAUUACCUUAGUCCUCGAAGUGUUCUUUUAGAGUUGGAUAAUAUUAUUGCUUCCAACAAUCCUGAUGAAUCCAUUGAACCUGGCAGUCCAGACCAGGACUCCAAAAGAAUUGAGCGUCUUUACGAGUCAAUGAGAUCCUGUUUUUCCAAAGAGACAUCCCGUGAAUCUGCAGAGAGUAGCAAAGAGGAACCCCAGAUCCUUCCAGAUACCCAGGAUGAGGAGCUUCGCCUGCAGGAACGAGACUCAGGAAGUGAUUCAUGGCCUUCACCUGACAAUACGGAAGUGCAGACCACAAGUGACCAAAAGAAAUCCACCUCACUAACUGUUGUGCAAUUGUCUAUAUUAAUCAACAACAUCCCUGAUGAAAGCCAAGUGGAGAAGCUGAAUGUGUUCCUUUCUCCUCCUGAUAUCAUAAACUAUGUCGCUCUCAUAGAAGCCGCAGGACGGAUAUGUGUGGCUCAGUGGGAAGGCCCCCCGCGCCUGGGAUGCUUAUUUUAUCAUGGAGAUCACGUUUUGGCGGUGAAUGACCUGAAGCCCCACAGCCUGGAGGAGGUUUCCUUGUUUCUCAGCCGAUCCAUCCAGAAGGAGAAAGUAAAACUCACCAUUGGCAGGAUCCCAAAUUCGGAGAAAUUCCAUGCUGUAGCUUGUGCAUGCCCCUUAAAGUAUCAAGGUGUCACACCUUCUCAACUGGAUACAUCUGGACUGGAGAGGACGCUAAAGAGGAGUCCAGCCAUUAAAAAGGUCCCGAGGCAGAGCACUGGAGAGUGACAUGCCAGGGACCCACAGCGGCUGAGCCAGGAUGGAGCCCUGGGCUUUAUCUACCCUGUGAUAGGAGACAAGUCGUCACUCUAGGAAUUUCUGCAUCUGCAUCUUUAUAGUGGGGAUAACUGUCCCCUCUCUGGCUAUGGCAUCAGGAAUGCU